AUGGUCGCAGAUGAAAUCUAGUCAAUUAUGGAAGUCAAUAGUCAUAUCAAUUAAAGCUACAUUACUGAUACAAAUAACAUUGAGAUAGUUUAAGAAGGCACAAAAACCGAUAAUGAAAUGAUAACGCCAUCGAACAGAAGAAUUUCAAAUAAUCCACAAAGCCCAAUUUAUUCUUAAAAUCGAGAAAAACAGCUUCAGCAAUCAAAUUAGCAAUAAUCUGCUGAGAUGAACAUCUUAAAUAGAUAGGAAAGUGUAAACUCAAAUCAAACUAAAGAUGAGGAGUCGCAUCAAUUAAGAAAAACAAGUUAAAACUUUAGGAUAGGGAAAUCCAAGAAAAACAUGAAUUUCCUGAGAUCACAACUUGGAAGUGCUGGAAACAGUGGAAUGCUACAAUAAACUUAGUCAAAUCAACAAGUGCCAACUGUUUAGCAGAUUUAAAAUUAAAUAUCCUAAAAUAAUAAUUAAGGAGGAUAAUUAGCCAAUAAUUUACAAUCACAGUCUCAUGUGAAUAUUAACUCAACAGGAUCAGUUAUAUAAUUCGCAAAUGUAGGUGAUAGUGUUAUCUCUCCUAAUGUAAACAUAGCAAAUCACAGAAACUCAUCCCAAUUACUAAACAUUAUGAGCAAUGGUAGUUUGCAAAGAUAGUAAAACAAUGGAAUUAAUUUUGAAGAGGUGAAAGAUGCUAAAUCAGUAUUAAAUUAAAAUGUGAGCUAAAUCUCCAACUUCAAGUUACUAAAAAGAAGUGACAUUAAAACUGCCUCCUAACCAAACGGUUUCUCUCCCACUUCCAAUUAAGUCAAAUAGAAACAACUAAAUGAGCUAUACUCAAAUAAUCAAGGAAGUAAAAAAGGUCCUAGAGUGCAAAAGAUAAAGCAAGUAAAUGCAAAUUUCAUUAAUAAAGAUAUUUUAAUAAUUCAAGAUUCCAAAGAAGGCAUGAAUUCAAGUUAAAUGAAAAAUAGAGCAUAGAGUUUAUAAAAUUAGGCAAAGUAAUCACCCCAGCUAGUAACUAAUAACCUUUUUCAUACUAACUCAAGUUAUCUUCGUUAAGAUCUCCAGACAAGUCAGGGUACUUAGAUACUAAAGCCUAAUUAAGGAAUCAUUCUAACUGCUAAUCAGAAUAUAUCUGGAACUACAAAUAAUACGAGUACAGCAAAUAGCACUGUUAAUAAACCUAUAACUGCUAUAAGAGACAAUAGAAAUAUAUCAACUGCUUAAAAUUUUUAUAGCAAUAAAGGCUAUAGUACAAGUGUAUUUUUUGGUAAACAGUCUAAGCUUGCUUCUAAUCUUGCAUAUAGAAGAGGAAAUUAAGCUGACUAAAAUCCUUAAAAUAUUUAAGAUUAGAGUGAUUACUCAACAACAUAAAAAAUAAUUGAUAAUGCCAAUAGUCGCAAAACUGCCAAUAAAGUACUGCUAAAUCCAUUGAAUGUCAAAAAAGGCACCAAGUAGGAUUAGAUAGUAGUAUUAGAUGAUCAUUAAGCUGAAGAAGACCAGUCUAUGUCAAAUCAUAUAGAGCUUCUUAAGAGAAGGAGAAUAGGAAGUCAAUAAUAAAAAUUAGAUCAUGGAUUUGGCCCAUAACCCUAAUACAGUCCUCAUAGCUAAAAUGAUUAGUUUGCUAUGCCUAGAGCCUUGCAAUAGCAGUAGAUAAAAAAUCAAUAGGAUUUGAUUCUUCAAAUCAGAUCUGAACGCAAAGAUUUCGACUACGAUGAAAGCGAGGACUUUCACUCCUAAGGCAUCAGGAUAAAAAUCAAUAAGGAGCGUAGAGUAAUCAAUCAUCUGAAUUAGAAUCACGAAAACACAAACUUACUGUUCUAUAACUUUAAUGCUUAUGAUGAUAACACUGGCACAUCAUAAUUCAGAUAAGAAAGUGCCAUGUCAGUUGAAAGAGUACCUACUAGAGGGGUUAGAUCUAGAAAAGAAUUUAGAGAAAGAUAGAUUUAAUCUGCUUCAUUAUAACAGCAUCCACACAAAUUCAUGCAAGGCUAGAUAUAAAAUGCAAACCAAAUAAUUAACCCCACAGGUAAAAACAAUACUUCCUAGUAAAGUACAGCAGCAAACUCUAUUAGUUAAAAGGAUAGAAGUACAAGUAACAACUCAAGGCAUGAGACUAAUAUUAAACAGUCAACCUAUCUAUCUGAAGUAAAUGCAUACAAUAAUAAUACAUAUGAUAACCAAAAGCAAAAGAAUUACUUUAAUAAGCCUCAGAAUGUCAAAAACAACAUAAUUGGAAGCAGCACUAAUAAUAAUCAGUAUUAUAAUAAUAACAGCAAUGCUGUGAAUGGUGAAGCAGACGAUAACUUCACUAAGUAAGCAAUUCUUACUUCAGAGAACUACGGCAAAGCAAAUUCUAGAUGUUUCAGCAGCUCCAACACCCGUGGGGCCUACAAUAACUAAAGCCAACAAAAUAAUAAUGUAAAAGUUACUUAUAAUGGCCCUACGAAUCCAAGCCAUCUAGGGUCAAAGACCUCUUCUAGUUUCAGAUCACACAAAGGACCUGGUGGAAAUUUCGGAAGACUGACAAAAAUAAAUAUGAAAAGUGUUGAGGAUGAAAUUGAAGAGGAAAUGAGUAGUGGUGAAGAUGAAAUUUUCAAUUGA